AUGGCGGUGGUUUUGGGUGCUUUGGCAUCGUACGUGACCAACAUGCUCGCCCAAAUGGCAAGCGAAGACAUAGCCAUGAUGAUCGGGGUCUCUAGUGAGAUCAAUGAACUAGGCGCCAAGCUCAGGGAUCUCAAGAAUGUUCUUGCCGAUGCCGAUAGGAGGACCAUCACCGACGAGAGUGUGCGGGGGUGGGUGGAGGAACUGAAGCGUGCCAUGUACCAGGCCACCGACAUCAUCGACCUAUGCCAGCUCAAGAUCAUGGAGCAAGGUCCAUCCACGGACACGGGGUGCCUUCACGCGCUCCUCUUUUGCAUCCGAAAUCCCCUGCAUGUCCAUGAUAUCGGCACACGCAUCAAGAACCUCAACCAAAAGUUGGAUGACAUCUGCAAGUGGGGUGGCAGUUUCAAUUUCAUCAAGUUAGAAGCCUACCAAGACCGGAAGGCAACUCGAUCUCUUGCCACUGAUCGCAAAACGGAUUCAUUGAUGGAGAGGUCGGGUGCGGUUGGCGAGAAGAUCGAGGAGGACACAAGAGCACUUGUGGAGGUGCUUACAAGGGAGGCAGCUGACAAGGUUGAUCACCUCAUGGUGGUCGCCAUUGUUGGUGUAGGCGGGAUUGGCAAGACCACUCUCUGCAAGAAGGUAUUCAAUGACGAGGCUAUCGAAGGCAAGUUCGCUAAGAAGAUAUGGCUUAGCAUCACACGAGAUUUCAACGAUGUUGAAUUGUUGAGUACGGCCAUCACUGCCGCUGGCGGAGACUUGCCUGGAGUGGGUGGGGCUCGAGACAAGGCCCUACUUGUCGUUGCUCUCAUGAAUGCCAUCAAGGACAAAAAAUUCUUUCUUGUACUAGAUGACAUGUGGGGUGUCAGCGAAUGGGACAAACUAUUGAUGACUCCCUUUAGCUAUGGCGGCCCAGGUAGCAGAGUCCUCAUCACCACAAGACAUGACACUGUUGCCCGGAGUAUGAAAGUUGUGUAUUGCCACCAUGUUGACAAAUUAGGUCCUAUAGAUGCAUGGUCAUUGCUCAAGAAGCAGGUCGGUACUUACGCAUUCUCGAUAUAACACCCGUAUUUUAGCGUCAU